GCGAGGAGCUUACACAUAGGUGAGAGGGCAGGAUGCUGUAGAUCCACACUCGAAGAAAAUUAUUCUCGCAAAUCAGUGGUCUUUCGAACUUCGUCAAACGAAGUCACGUUGCAAAAAAAAGAAAAAGAAACGAAAAAUAAAUUUUUUUUUUUAGAAAAAAAAAAGAAAAGUAAUCUUCCAAUUUUUAUUUAUUUAUUUAUAAAUAAACGGGUAAUUUUUCAAAAAAAAAUUAAAUUAAAUUUCUACAAUGAAGGACCACGAACCUGCAUCAAUGAAAAAACCCACAAAAUUGAGAAAUCUUAUCUAUAAAACUGAGGCGUUCGAUUCACUUCAUCCUAAAAGUGCUGUGAAAACCUUAUGUUCCAGCCAUGUUUGUAUGGGAAGUGUUAUGGCACUUCCGUUUCAUGGUACUGAGCCCCGAAGCAAAGAAGACAUUUUAAAUCAUGCGAAAGAUUUUUUGGAACAAUAUUUCACAUCCAUUAGAAGAUUAAGUAGUGAAGCGCAUAGAUCACGAUGGGAGUGCGUACAAAAGGAAGUAAUGGCACUUGGUACUUAUCAAUUAACGGAAACGGAACUUGUUUUUGGCGCCAAAUUAGCAUGGCGAAAUGCUGCGCGAUGUAUUGGUCGAAUUCAGUGGUCAAAAUUACAAGUUUUCGAUUGUCGUUACGUAACAACAACGAGUGGAAUGUUUGAGGCACUUUGCAAUCAUAUUAAAUACAGCACAAACAAAGGAAACAUAAGAUCGGCUAUAACAAUUUUUCCACAACGAACCGAUGGAAAACAUGAUUUUCGUGUUUGGAAUCAACAAUUAAUAAGUUAUGCGGCCUAUAAAUUGGAGGAUGGAACGAUUAUUGGUGAUCCAGUAAAUCUUGAAUUUACUGAGCUAUGCUUAAAAUUAGGAUGGAAAGGACCACGUACGAAAUUUGACGUAUUACCCUUAGUUUUAUCAGCCAAUGGACACGAUCCCGAAUGGUUUGAUAUUCCCGCUGAAUUAAUUCUUGAGGUGCCACUCGUUCAUCCAACAUAUGAAUGGUUUGAAAAAUUGGGACUCAAAUGGUACGCAGUACCAGCAGUUUCGGGAAUGGUUUUCGAUUGUGGAGGUCUUGAAUUUACAGCAGCACCAUUUAAUGGCUGGUAUAUGAGUACAGAAAUAGGGGCCCGGGAUCUUUGUGACAUGGGACGAUACAAUCUAACAGAGACAAUAGCAACACACAUGGGAUUAGAUACGCGAACACCAAUAUCCCUCUGGAAAGACAAAGCCAUGAUUGAGGCUAACGUUGCCGUUCUUCAUAGUUUUCAGAUGAAAAAUGUGACAAUUGUUGACCAUCACACGGCUUCGGAAUCUUUUAUGAAGCAUUAUGAAAAUGAGAUGCGAUUGAGAAAUGGUUGUCCUGCCGAUUGGGUUUGGAUUGUUCCUCCAGUUUCUGGUUCGGCGACACCAGUUUUUCACCAGGAAAUGGCUCUCUAUCAUUUAAAGCCAUCAUACGAUGCUCAGGAUCCCGCAUGGAAAACGCAUAUUUGGAAAAAAGGAAGGGACAAGAGAUGUAUUUCCAAGAAACCUAGGAGGAAAUUUCAUUUCAAACAAAUUGCGAGAGCUGUAAAAUUUACUUCAAAAUUAUUUGGUCGUGCACUAUCGAGAAGAAUAAAGGCAACAGUUUUGUUUGCUACUGAAACUGGUACCUCGCAAAUGUAUGCGGAAAAACUUGGAGAACUUCUUGGGCACGCAUUUCAUUCUCAAGUAUUAAGUAUGUCGGACUACGAUAUUAGUAAUAUUGAACAUGAGGCUCUUCUUCUUGUGGUUACUUCCACUUUUGGAAACGGAGAUCCCCCAGAAAAUGGAGAGGCAUUCGCACAAAAUUUAUACGCAAUGAAAAUGAACGAAACUUAUACAAAUAGCGAUAAAUUAAAUCUCACGACUUCCAAGUCAUUUAUAAAAGCAAACAGUCAAACUGAGGUGGGAAAUUUAAAGAAAUUGGAUCGUUUAGAUUCAUUAAGGGGUUCGACCACUGAUUCACAAGUUGAUGAUACUUUCGGUGCUCUCAGCAAUGUAAGAUUCGCAGUCUUUGCUUUAGGUUCGUCAGCGUAUCCAAAUUUUUGCGCAUUUGGACGAUACGUUGACAAUUUAUUGGGUGAAUUAGGUGGUGAACGUUUGCUGCGAUUGGCCCAAGGCGACGAAAUGUGUGGACAAGAACAAGCAUUUAGAAAAUGGGCCCACGACACUUUUGCAGUGGCAUGCGAAACAUUUUGUUUGGACGAUGAUGAAACUUUAUUGGAAGUUGCACUUUCCCUAGGUGCUGAUGCAGUAUCUGCUUCGACAGUUCGAUUUGUCGAAGCCGAUCCUCAACCACUAGCAAAAGCUUUAAGCAAAUGUCACAAUAGAAACGUGACCACUUGUAAUAUGCUUCGAAAAACAAAUUUAAGCAACAUUCAUUCUGGGGGAAAGACACUCCUCUUGGAAUUAGACGAUUUAACGAGUAUGGAAAUAAUUUACAAACCCGGUGAUCAUUUAGGUGUAUUCGCUUGUAAUCGACAGGAGCUUGUCGAAGGUAUUUUAAAAUGUUUAGAUUCACCAUUCGAGGCUGAUGUACCAAUUGAAUUACAAAUGCAAAAACAAUCGCAUACACCAAAUGGAAUUGUUAAAAGUUGGCUGCCACACGAUCGUUAUUUACCCAAUUCAUUGAGAACAUUAUUUACACGAUUUUUGGAUAUUACAACACCACCCUCGCCUAAUCUUCUUCGUUAUUUCGCCUCAAUUGCCACCAAUCCAAAGGAACAGGCUCGACUUAAUCUUCUGGCCACUGAUUCCGCAGCUUAUGAAGAUUGGCGACAUUGGAAUUUUCCAAAUCUUCUCGAAGCUUUAGAAGAAUUUCCUUCUGUUAAGCCAAAUGCGCCGGUUCUUGUGCUUCAUUUAACUCCGUUGCAACCGAGAUUUUACAGCAUCUCCUCAUCGCCAAUGGUCCACGAAGGACAAAUUCAUUUAACUGUUGCUGUCGUUCAAUAUAAAACUCAAGGUGGUUCAGGUCCUGUGCAUUAUGGAGUGGCCUCGAAUUAUUUAAGCGAAAUCUCUGACGGUGAGCCGUUAUACGUUUUUGUACGCAGUGCGCCUAAUUUUUAUAUGCCUCUUGAUAAAAAAGCACCAAUGAUUUUGGUUGGUCCCGGAACGGGAAUUGCGCCAUUCAGAGGAUUUUGGCAUCAUCGAUUAGCUCAAAUUAAGGCACAAGACACAGAUGAAUUUGGAAAAAUAUGGCUCUUCUUUGGAUGUAGAAAAAAUGAUUUAGAUCUCUAUAGACAGGAGAAAAAGGAUAUGUUAGAUUCUGGAGUUUUGGAUAAAGUAUUUCUUGCAUUAUCGCGAGAAGAUGGUGAAAAAAAGACCUAUGUUCAGGAUUGUAUACAAGCGGAAGCGCCACAGAUUUAUGAUAUGUUGGUCCAUCGUCGAGGGCAUUUUUAUGUUUGUGGCGAUUGUACAAUGGCUGAAGAUGUCUAUCAGACAUUAAAGCAAAUUAUACAAACUCACGGUCAAAUGAUGGACAAAGAAGUUGAAACUUACAUGCUUUCUUUGAGGGACGAAAAUAGAUAUCACGAAGAUAUUUUCGGAAUUACACUUCGAACAGCGGAAAUUCACAAUAAAUCAAGGGAAACAGCGAGAAUUCGAAUGGCCUCCGAGCCAUAAAUUUUCUUAUUAUAUAUAUAUAUAUAGAUAAAUAAAAAAAAAAAAAUAAUUUUUUUCCAAGGCCUUUCGCACUAUAAAACAUUAUCAUAAAUCGAUGAUAAUUCUUUGAAGUGCAUAUAUCAAUCGAUCUUUUAUCUUAAAUAAAGUAAAUUUAAAUUUUUUUUAAAUCUAAAUUUACAAUCUUAAAAUGACCGUGAGAUAAUAUAAAUAAAAUUUGCUGAAAGCUUGCCGUGUAAGAUUAAAAAAAAAAAAAUGUCACAAAAUUUAUUUCUAUUAUCUAUGGGAAUAUUUGUAAUUUUUUUUUUUUUAUUUUUCUUGUCAAAGAAAAUAAUCAAUGUUGUUGUAUAUUAAAUCUGAUAUUGUAUAUUUACCGAGAUUUUGACUAUUAAUAUAAUUAUAUAUUAUUGUUAAUAAUAAUAAUUCCUAUUAAUUAGUUAGUUAAAUAAUAACUGCCUUUGUAAUUAAUUUACUAAUUUUCUUAUUUGUAUUUUUUCGAAUUUUUUUCGAACGCCAAAAUUUUUCAUUUGUCCGAAAUCUCGAAUGUUUGUACGGACGUUUGCAAUUUCGGACAAAUGAAAAUUCGAUGUCUUCGAAAAUUCGGACAAAUUUGAAAUUUGUUACAAAUAAAAAUUCGGAGAAAUUUAAAAUUCGUUACAAAUAAAAAUUUGGACAAAUUUAAAAAUUGGUUACAAAUAAAAAAUUCACAAAAAAAAUUUGAAAUUCGAUGAAUUCGAAUUUCUGCCGGUGGCUAAAAAUUUGAUUAAAUAAAAUGGUUGUGUUAAAAAAAAUUUUGUUAAAUGCUAAUUCCGAAAAAAAUUCGUCUAAAUUGUUAUUUAAUUAAUUUGUAAAUUAUUUAAAUUCAUUUAUUUAAUUUACUAUAAUUAAAAAAAAAAAUUUAGUGAAUUAAUAUCAAAAUAUAUUCCCAAGGAAAUAUAACAAAAAAUUUAAUAAAUAAUGAAAAAAAAAUCAAAAAUAUUUCUCACAUUUUUAACAAAAAA